GUCAGCCUGCCUGAGGUAAACAUUUCAAAGUAAAACCAACUUCCUUUUGCUAUAAUGUGAAGUUAUUUUAUUUUGACAAGCAUGUUUCCGGCAAUGUUUCAAGCAACUGUGCACUCGUGAUCAUGCUUGUGGACUCAACGGUUUCCUCGUCCUGAAGCGGUUUCUUAGCAUUAUGUUGUGUUGCAGUCAGACCUAAAACUACCUUCUUAUGAUCACCAAGCGGAUGCUAAGCUGUGCUAAUGUAGCGAGCAGCAGCUUACCGGACUGCAAGCCCACAUUUUCAGCUGGUGAGUGGUAGCAGCUCGUGUGGAAAGGCUAGCUAAUCAUUAACGUCGAUUUCCUCCGACCAUCCCAGGAUGCUGUCAAUCGUUUGGGUGGGGCUGACGCGGAUGGCAGAGGACAGGAGCUCUUUGGAAUAAGACAAACUUCGUUAGAGUCCUUUAUUUAUUUAUUUUUAUUGUGAGUCAUGUCGAAGAAGAACACGGUGGCCGCAGCGUCCAAAUACACCGCCACCUCCUCCAGCGAGCAGCAGGUCGUCAACGGCUCCGUGGAGCUGGAAGGUCCGUGCCACCAGAGCCCCGCUGCGGUCAAGGCCAAGAUGGUGAAGCAGACGUCCAAAGAGAGCCUGCACCGCAGAAACACGGAGUGUGAGGUGUACGACGACGGGACCAACACCUUCUUCUGGCGAGCCCACACUGUGACAGUGCUAUUCAUUCUGACCUGUGCACUGGUCUACGUCACAUUGUUGGAAGAGACUCCUCAGGACACAGCGUACAAUACCAAAAGAGGCAUUGUGGCCAGCAUCCUGGUGUUUCUUUGUUUUGGGGUAACACAAGCCAAAGAUGGACCAUUUACCAGACCACACCCAGCUUACUGGCGGUUCUGGCUGUGUGUUACUGUCGUCUAUGAACUCUUCCUCAUUUUCAUCCUGUUUCAGACGGUGCAUGAUGGACGACAGUUCAUGAAGUACAUCGACCCCAAUUUAGGGGUACCCCUCCCUGAGCGGGACUAUGGAGGAAACUGCCUCAUAUAUGACCCAGGAAACACUACUGACCCUUUUCACAACAUAUGGGAUAAGAUGGAUGGUUUUGUUCCAGCUCACUUCCUGGGAUGGUAUAUCAAGACUCUGAUGAUUCGUGACUGGUGGAUGUGUAUGAUCAUCAGCGUCAUGUUUGAGUUCCUGGAGUACAGCCUUGAACAUCAGUUACCAAACUUUUCGGAGUGCUGGUGGGAUCAUUGGAUCAUGGAUGUUUUGGUCUGCAACGGUUUGGGGAUCUACUGUGGCAUGAAGACCCUGGCCUGGUUGUCCAUGAAGCCGUACCAGUGGCAGGGCCUCUGGAAUAUUCCUACAUACAAGGGCAAGAUAAAGCGAAUAGCAUUCCAGUUCACACCAUACAGCUGGGUAAAGUUUGAGUGGAGGCCGGCAUCAAACCUUCGUCGCUGGCUCGCUGUGCUGGGCAUCAUCUUCAUGUUCCUCCUGGCAGAGCUGAACACCUUCUACCUGAAGUUUGUUUUGUGGAUGCCUCCUGAACACUACCUGGUGCUGCUCCGCCUCGUGUUUUUUGUCAAUGUAGGGGGCGUCGCCAUGAGGGAGAUCUACGACUUCAUGGACGACCCGAAGUUCCUGAAGAAGCUUGGGCAGCAGGCGUGGCUUGUGUCAGCAAUAACAGUGACAGAGUUCCUCAUCGUGGUCAAGUACGACCCCCACACCCUCAUGCUGCCUAUACCCUUCUUCGUCAUGCAGUGCUGGUUCUUAGGAAUCUUUCUCAUAUUCAUCUGGACCCUGUGGCGCUUUUUCAUCCGUGACAUCACACUCCGCUACAAAGAGACCCGUCGACGCAAACAGGAAGCGCCCGGGGACUGGGACUGCCCUCUGGGUAAUGGCAGCACCGGGGCUUCAUCUGGGAGAAGCAAACUGAACGGGAGCUCUGAGACGCUGCGCCAGAGGAAGUCCUGAAAGGAAGUCCUGGGGCGGUGGGGUUAACCGAGGAAAGAGGGGGAGCUGUUACACAAAGAUGAACGUAGAGGCAAACAGAUGGACACAAACUGUUCCUGUGCCUACAAGAACCAAGUAAACAUUCAGCUGAGGCUUGUUUUAUUUGUAUCCUGUAGUUAUUUUCACACUACAAACAAAUACCUCUGUCUUAUUCUUUUUCUUUUAACAUAUUCAUGGAGCUAUAAACUGUAAAAGGUGCGUUUUUGUGCUGGUACUGUCUUGUGUACUGGGUGACAUGGCAGAUAAACCAGUGGGAGGAGGGUUAAAGAUACACUCUUAUCACAAUUUUUGUCUUUUUUUUUCUUUUAAUAAACCAGAGGGGAGGGUCAGCAGCAGUAAACGUGAUGUUCUCUGUCCUGCAGGUGACAAAAGAGCAAGUGUUUCUACGUUUCGUGAAUUUUUGCCCAUAUGAUUGCUGAUCUAGAGUCUGUAGUCUAUGCAAUCUUCUGGGACUUAUUUAAACUCAGCCAUCAUGUCAUUGUUCUUUUAAUGUUAUGUUUAGAAAGUUCAACACAUUUUAUUUUUAAAGGAAUGUUUUGGAGCAUGUUGCAUUCCAGGUACACACAACGUUUACAUGUGGGAGACAACCAUGCUUUUUUUUUUUUUUUUUUCCCAGUUCAGGGUUGGUUCCUGAGAGCUCAGAGACUCGAGCCUUUCUGUUCUCUCAGGUAUUGUUCUUGGAAAUAAUGUUUUUGUUAUUCCAACCAAGAUGUUGUAGUUAACCUGCUGAUAUUAGAAGCGAGGUGUAGUUUGGGUCCUCUGUAGAAGUUCUCACUUAUUUCUUUUCAGUUGAAUGAUUCAGACACUAAAUGUUGCUCGGGUUUCUGAGAAACCUGCAGUACUCCUAAAAAAAAACAAACAAAAAACCCCAGAAUGCUCACAUUGUCAACAGUCGUGCUGACAGAAACAUGAGUUUUAUCUCUUGAUGUUUGAUGGUAAAAAGCAGAGAUGGAUGUGUUUGUUUCAUUAACUGUUUGGACUCUGUUUUCCAGCACAAUCACAUCAGAUUUCACUAACUGUUGAUGUCAAAAGUUGUGUAAUUUUAAUAAAAAUGCAACGCUA